AUGAAGGAACUGUAUCUACACCGAGCCGUGGAGGUACAACCGUGCUUCAACCGCGACGUUCUACGUGAUCUAGCUGACCGGGCCACGACCGCGCGUUUGGAACUCGAGGCAUGGGCGGAAGGCGAAAACAUCCAGUUUGAUACAAGUCGGCCCAUUGAUCGAGCCGGAGCUGUCCAGCCGUUCGGGUCCGAUGAAGAGGACCUGGAUCUCCAAAUCCUGCAGUCUGCCACCGCGGGCAAUCUACAGACAUUGCGCGAAUGGACUGCCAAAUUGCAGGCUUCCCCUGAUGCCCGAGAUCGCGCAACUCGCACAUUCCUGGCUGCCAUCAACGAAUUUUCGGACGACGUGCUUGCAGUUCUCCUUGAAAGUGGCCUAGUCGACAUCUACGCAGAAGACGACAUCAACGAGCGCAAUUGCCUACAUGAGGCGGCUAUUUCGGGGCGAGAAUUUGUGUUUAAGGCGGGUCUAGCAGCCGACGUCGACGUCUCUAGAUCUGAUGUCUACGGCAGAAUACCUUUACAUUACGCCUGUAUGCAUGGCCGCGUCGAAAUGGCUCGUGAGCUGCUUGCGGCGGGUCCUCACACCGUCGACAUUAUGGACCAUGACAAUUUUACCCCUCUGAUCCACAGCAUCGUGAAAAAUCAUCUCGCAUGUGCUGAACAGCUAUUGCACAACAAUGCCCGCAUCGAUCCAGCCUCCGAAUCUGACCACAUUCCGUUGAAUUUGGCUUGCCAGCAUGGGUCGCUUCCGAUAGUGAAAAUGCUUCUCGAGAGAAACGCCCAAUUAUUGCCAGAUGCGGAGGGCCUUUAUCCUCAACACAUGGUUGCACGUGCCUCACAGUCGCCGCAAUUACUAUUAAUGCUCAAGCAACACGGCGCGGACCUCAACCAGCGCGACAAGCUGUACCAGUGGACGCCGCUCUUUCACGCCGCCAGUGAGGGCUGUGUUGGCUGCCUACGUACCCUCCUAGAGACUGGUGUCGAUGCUGACGCAGUGGACGAAAAGGGUCUGGCGGCCAUGUACUAUGCAGCAUGGGAAGGCCACCUGGAGUGCAUGCUCCUUCUUUGGUCCCGUCGUACCGAUCUCCAGUCACCGCGCAAACCCUUCGGCGUUCUAGAUGGCUUGCAAUUACACGAACCAGGCUUCACCGGAGACUCGCACAUGGAUGACCCGGCGGCUCUUGACAAUGUCGAAACAGUAGACGGGAUUCCCGAUCUGUCUCUGCCACCACCCAUCAUACCUUUAAGACGCUACGGCCAUAACUUCCUGGACAAAAAGGUUUUCAUACAAAUUCUUUUCGACCCCGGCAGUUCGGGCUCGAUCUCUUUUGAUCAAGCUGGCCGCCACCCCGCCGCCCGAUUAACUAUCUCAUCGAAACUGUCUGAUUUGAUUCCACGCACCAUCAUGCUGCCGAUUCAGGAAGAUUCGCGGCUAAUAUCAUUCCAAGUGGAUAACUUGGAGACCUUCUCCGUUGAUUUCGAGAUAUUCCCUACCUUUGGUUCGAAGGUGAUUGCCAAAACUGUUGCGCUCCCAGCAGUUUUCAGAGCCGAGCAUUCUAGCAUGGGGUCUUGCUGCUUGCCACUUUUUGAUCCGCGACUACGGUCAAUCGGGCAGUUACGGUUCGGUUUCCAGGUCAUCAAACCCUAUCAUGGCGACCCGUUGGAGAUCACACAUUUUGCCACAUACUGGAAGGCGACGAGUGCCAUUGACUCAGAACACAAUGGUCUAGUAACCGGGUCCAGCCUUUCGGGAGACCACAUCCAACUUUUUGUACAGCUCACCAGGGAUAGAGUCCCCGUCCUUCAUCCUCGUUUCACAAUUGAUCACCACGGCGUUGGUAUCCCCAUCUGCCAUCUCACUUACGCUCAGUUCCAGGCCGUAGGCGCCGAGUUAGGUGUCAAGCGGGCGGAUAUCGUGCAAUACUUGCAGGAUUGUGCCGUUGAUGAUCUGCCGCAAACGCACCGCCUGCUCGCUUCCUCGUUCCUUUCUCUGCAGGAGGUGCUUCAGCAUUUGCCCCUGAGCAUCAAUGUUAAUUUGUCUAUCCUUUACCCCUCGGUCGCCGAGGGAGAGGCACUGAAUAUGACGUCAUUACCAGAUGUCAACACUUUCGCAGAUGCUAUCCUGACCGAAGUCUUCGAUCAUGCCCGUAUUGCUCGGGAGCAGAAUCCCGAUUUCAUGCGUUCGGUGGUGUUCACAUCCUACAAUUCGAAUAUUUGCAUUGCUUUGAAUUGGAAACAACCAAACUGUAAGUCAUACUCCCUGGGAAUCGGAGUCAGGGAACUGGAAGCGGAAUGGGCUUUUGCUAACGCAGGCACCUGA